AAUAGCCGAAAGGGAUAGUGCCAUACACAGCAUGAUUCGACCGUGAAUCACUGUCAAAUUUCGGUUUUAUAGGAAGUGUCAUAUCUGUACGGUACUACUAUUCUGUGCUUCAGCCAGCGCUUCAGCUCUGAAUUUUAGGAAAAAAUCGGUCUUGUGUUGAAGUGCCUAAACCUUUUUUUUUUGGGUCUGUGGUACAACGACCGUUAUAUACAGUCUGUGGUUUGACAGAUUAUGAUGGGCUGGAACUUGCAAAGAUAUGAUAUAUGUUAUAUUAUGCAUGUGGAACUAUGAAGUUAAUCGCUGGAGUGAAGUAAAUAAUUAUUUCUAAUAAAUAAGAAAAGUGAAUACGGAAGCACUAACAGAUAUCAUGCAAGUGCGGAUAUAUAUGUAUCAUCGUAAUUAAAUGUUAGACUUGUGAAAUCGUUGCAUAUAUUUAAGUAAUAAAAGAUGUUUAAGAAACUUAAAGAUAAAUUAGCAGAAGAAGUGAAGUCGUCACCACAACGAAUUCAACAAUUCGCUCAAGCUGCGCAGGCAGCAGUAACAUCAGCAUCUAGUAGCAUUUCUGAUAUAACUAACAAUGACUUGUUUUCUAUUGGAGAUAAUGAUAUUUCUCAGAGUCGUUCCGUCAGACCUUCUACUGUAUUAACUAGAUCUGCUGAGCAAAAUGUGUUUCAAGAUGUCGCCCUGAUGCAAUCAUCUUCCAUCCAAGCAAGCACAGAAGAGAUUGAUUUCACGCCUAGACAUGAACAAAGUGAAAGUCAAAAUCAGAGGCGAUUGUCUAAUAGCUCUUUCGCCAGCGACGUCUCAUUCAGGUUACCAAACUAUGAAAGCCCCGCUCUGUACCACUUGCAGUCGGACAUGGAAGUAUCGGCGAGUGAAGCGGAGGAGCGGGGAUUUUCUAGCGGAGCCAGCCUGGACCGCGUAACCAAGGAGCAGCUUUAUGCCGCGUACAAACGCACGCAGCAGCGCUAUGAGAAGUACAGGACGCAAUACGCCGACCUCGCCCGACAUUAUAAAUUCUUGGAACGGGACAAUGCCAAGGCUAGGAGUGUACUGGUUGAGACUCAAGACAAAGCACUAAGGCGGAUAUCUGAAUUGAGAGAACAAUGUACUCUUGAACAGAGUGCCAAGGCGCAUCUGGAAAAGGCAUUACGCUUGGAAAUUGAUGAAAAAAAUAUGAAAAUAGAGGCACUCCAAACAAAGAUAAGAUGUAUUCAGGAUAACACUGAAAAUAAGGACUCUAAAAACAAAGAAGAAGUUAUCAAAGAUCAGGUUAAAGAAUUGCAAUUGAUUGAUUUUUCGGGAAAUAAUGACAGAAAAACAUCUGGAGAUGAUGGUGUAGAUAAUAUGUUAAUCAACAAGACUGAAAAAUUAGAACAGUUAUUGAACAAAUAUAAAGAGUCAUUGAAGCUAUCCAAAGAAAAAAAUGCACAAUUAACGACUGACUUGCAUCUUCUGACCACUGAAAUAGAAAACAAAAAUAAAGAAAAUGAACAAUUAAAACAUAGUUCAGAGGAGUUGGCAGGGACUCGAAAGAAAAUUUUAGAAUUACAAGAAAGCAACGAAGAAAUACAAAAUAAGUUAAAUACUUAUGAGUUUAAUCAGAUGAAAGAACAAUCUGCGCUCGAAUUAGAUUUGCAGAAAGCUCUAGAAGAAAUAAAACAACUACAAGGUAAAAUUGAGGUAUUCAAUAAGAGAGAAGAAGAAUAUGCCAUAUCCUUGGCGGAAAAUAAACUAAGUAUACAUAAAGAAUUAGAAAGUAAAGAAGCCGAGAUUAAAUCGCUUAAAGAUCAUUUGACAGCAUGUAAAAAUGAGGUACAGUCCCUUAAUAUAGUAGUCAAUGACUACAAGAAAAGUAUGACAUCACUAGAGGAUGAAAAGUGUAAACUAAAUAGUAAUAUUAGCGAACUGAAUUCCUUUAAAGCCCUAGUUUCGGAGAAAGAAUCACAGAUUAAAGAGCUAACACUGAAAUGUAAAAAUAUAGAGCAGGGCAAAAUCAAGGCGGAUGAAGAAUGUAAAUGCCUACAACUCCAAAUAAAACAAGAAACAGCUGAAAAAUUAGCAAUGAUUGAUAGAAAUGCUUACUUAGAGACAAAAAAUACAAAACUAACUGAAGAAAACUCUAAAAAAACAUCUCAAAUAAAUGAGUUAGAAACUCAGCUGCAUGUUUUAAGAAAAAAUAACGAAGAACGAGAAAACCGAACAGAUCAAAAUAAAGUUCUUGAAGAGCUUGAAUCCUGGCGAAACAAGUAUUAUACUUUAGAAUUGGAAAUUCAGGACGAAAGAGACGAGUUGGUGAAAUUACAAUCAGAAAUAGAAAAACUAUUGCAAAAUCAUGAAGUUUCUCAAUCUCGUAAUUUGCAACUUCUAGAGACUGUUUCAGAACUCACUGCAAAAAACGCCUUCCUAAAAGAAAAUAGCAACCAAAUCAACAAUAAGUGUUCGGCAUUGGUUGGCGAAAUAUCAAUACUUAAAAAUAUAGUUCAGGAUACAAGUGAGGACGCAAAAGUUAUGAGGCAAAGCAACGAAAAGUUACUAUCACAUUUAGGAAAUAAAGUGUCUGAAUUGAUCAAAGUGUCAAAUAAUGAUCACAUCGGAAGUUUUAAAGCAACUAUUGAGAAACUUCAACAAGAGUUAGCUAUUGCACAAAACAAUCUCAUUAAGUUAAAACACAAGUUUGAUACAGCUUGGAAAGAGUUAAUUGAGUGCCAAGAAACCAAUAAAGAUUUGAAUGAACAAAUACAAUCGCUACUGUCAGAUAAGACUAUUAUGGAUACAAAUAUAAAAAAAGCUGAAGAUAGUUAUCAUGAUACCCAAUCCCAGUUAAAUCGCGUGGAAAAUGAUAAAUCAGUUUUAUUGACAAAAGUUACUGAGUUAGAGAUUUUAAGUACGUCUCUUCAAAGUACUAUCAGUCGUGAAAGAGAAGAAAACUCAUCAUUACAAGAAAAGUUACUUCUACUGGAAAAGGAGAACGACAGGUUGUUACUAAAACUAAAACAAGCUGAGGCUGAUAAUGAUGAUUUGAAAACUAAAGAUUCAGAAAUAGAGACUUUAAAAUCACAAAAUGAGAAACUUUUAGCUAAGAGCGAAGUGGCGGAUGAAAAGUACGCUUAUAUUAAGAAAUUAGAAGAUGAAGUCAAGCUCUUGUCCCAAGAAAAUACCUUGUUAAAGAAUCAGUCACAAAAUAUUGCUUCUAAUCUUAAGACACUGGAGGUGGAAAUAAGUGAAGUGAGAAAGUCGCAUUCAGAAAUUGAAACCGAAAAAGACCAUCUGAAUACCAUAAUAAGGAAACUGGAAGAAACUGAAAUUGCUAAAAAAUGCCAGACAACUGUGGACGUUCAAACGGACGAUAGCAGUCUUUCCUUAGACUUGCUUUUUGAGGAGAAUAAAGUACUAAAAGAUAAAUGUGAACAGUUUAAGCAAGAAAAAGAAAGCCUGUAUGAAAAGCUUAUUAGUGUUGAACAUGAUAAAGAUACCUUAGUUGCUGACAUUGAAACACAAAAAACGUAUACAUUGGAAUUAGAAGAAGAAAAGAAGAAAGUUACUGAAGUCAAUUAUGAACUAUUGUCAAAGGUAUCCACCCUCGAAGAGAUAUGUAGAGAUAAAAAUGAUAAAGCGAAAAACGAUUCUGAAUUAGAAGACACUAAAAGAGAAUGUGUUACACUUAAAGAUGAAAAUCGACGUUUAACCUCUGAUAUCGAAGGGCUGCAAAUGCACCUUGCAAAAAUAUCUAAAGAAAAUAGUACUUUGAACGAUAAACUACGGGAGUUAAUUGCGUCAAGUGAACAUGUAGAUAAAAGUGAAAACAUUUCAUCGGAUUUUGUCGAAUCACUAAAUGAUAACCAGUCUGACACAGACAGAAUUCAUGAAUUGGUAAGAGAAAACAUGUUGCUUGUUGAAGAAAACUUAGAAUUGAAAGAUCAGUUGCGCUUACAAAACUAUGGUGAAACUUCUAACAAUAAUUCAACAAAUACUGUAGAAAAUAAAUCAGAACUGGAAAUCUUAAGAGAAAAUUACAAUAUCUUGCUUGCUACAAAGACCAAGUAUGAGAAACAAUUGUCAGACUUGGAACUCAUUAAUAGGUCGAUUAAUGUAAAUAUACAGAAUGUACAGGAAAAUAACGAGAAACUCAGACAUUCUAACGAGAAGUUAGAGAGGCGAUUGGACGAAGCUCUAGUAAGCUUAAGGCAUUUGCAUUCUUUACAAGAAAAUACCGAAUUAGAAUAUUUGCGAAAUGUUCUUUACGAAUAUUUAACCGGUUCAGGUACACAUUCCAUUACACUAGCAAAGGUGUUAGCAGCUGUAGUUAAAUUUGAUGAAAUGCAAACCAACAUAGUUCUGCAGAAAGAGAAGGAACGCCAAGGCUUGCUGCGGCAGCUUGGCUUACUAUGAUAUCUAUGAAGGAUUAAGGAUGAAUAAGAAAAUAUUUCAAUGUGCUUUGAAGAUUAGUGCAAUGUUCUAGUUAAAAUAUUUUUUUUUUAAUUUAAAAUACACAACUUGUAAAUAGUUACAGUGGCCCCAACGACACAGAUUUGUUUAUAUUAGAUACGAAUGUUAUACAUUUAUAAACAAUUAUUGUAUAAAUAUCAAUUAGAUAGGCGCAGAUAUUGCUGGUAAACUAUUAUGUCAAUAUCGUCUUAUUGUUAAACCUUCCCCUAUUUGCACGUUGCCAUCCCCACUUUCUUAGAUUUGUAAAUUUUAUCACCAUUUUCUAGCACUAUCUGCAACUUAAAUAUUCUAGUUACAUUUUGUCACCAUUAGCUAGUCUAGGCAUACAUUCUGUUAAACGUUAAUUGUACAUAACAACUAAGUUAUUGAACCACAUUUUAUAUAUUAAAUCUAUUUUAUAUAUUAAGACAAACUAA